AUGUCCGACCACCUAGACGAGCUCAUGCUCGCAUAUCUCGAUACAAUCGAUACAUACCAAUCGCAAUGCGCCACUCUAGCUUCCGGCUUCUCGAACGGCUUUAUGGCGCUCGCGCAGGCGAACUUCAAUACGCCGGGGCGACGCUUCGGCCAGGAUUUCUACGACGAGAGGAUGGUUGCAAUGCGGGGUGUGGAGAUUAGAGAGGGAGAUGAGGGGAUUAUUUUCGAGGGAAAGAAAACCCCGAUUGAGGUGACAGAGGGUAAAGGUGGGAAAGAGGAGGCCCAGGAGAAAGAAGAUGGCGAGAAAGAAGAUGGUCAAAAGGAAGACGUUGGAGACGAGAAACCGGAGGACAGUGAAGCCGCCAAAAAGACUCCAAAAUCAGACCCAAGAGACCCUCUUCGGUGGUUUGGGAUUCUGGUACCACAGGCGCUCAGGACUACCCAGUCAGAACUCACCACCUGCGUCGAUGUUAUUCCACAGCUCCUCACGACGCUCUCAAAGCUCUCGUUUCUAGAGUCCCAAGUGAUUCGAGCUAGGACAAGGCAUCUGUAUAAAAUCCUCCCAGAGGCUCCACCCUCGCCUCUUCCCGAAGCUUUGCCGCUGUCGCCACUGGACGCGGGGGAUGGGUUUAUCCACAUGUGCACAUCUACGCAAGUCUCGGGGGUUGUAGGAAGGUUUAUGGGCGAUACAGAGAGUGUGUGGCUGCUGAAAAUCCCGAUCGAGAGGGUCGAAGAGGGUCUGAGGUGGGAGGGAUCAGUGGUAAAUGGUGGGAUUGGAGAAGAGUUUCCGCAUCUUUAUGGUGCAGGGAUCGGGGAGGCGGAGAUGCUGGACUUGAAGGAGUUCAAGAAGGGCGAGAAUGGAUGGGGUGGGGUUUUCGAGGCGGCAAGUGAGUGGAUAGAGUCUUGA